AUGCCAGGGCGAGUGCUAAGGGAACGCGAGAAUGUUGUCUCCGAAUACAGUGAGCGUAUGGUUCGCAGCGCGCGAAAGCGCUCUGCGUUUGUUUACAUGCGCACUUGUGUAGCGGAUGGUCAGGGCGAGCUGUCUGGCAAACCUUCCGACUUGCAGCUCGCCAGGUCGGCCAUCCGUAAAGCGUGUGGGAGACUCCGUUGUGUGUUUUCCUCUCGCGCCAGAACUAACAGUCUCAGUCCACAGUGUACUGUGAAUUUACUUGCGCACUGUAAUGCAAGAGUCGGAAUUCCUCAGCAUAGUGGCCUCAGGGUCACCUUUUCGGCGGAUCAAAGCAUGGCAGGCCUUGCAGAAAUGCAUUGUAGCGGUAAAAUCAUUCAGCGGUUCCCUGAAAGGGACUGGCCGGACACUCCAUUUAUUGAGAGCCUGGAGCUGUUCUGUCAACCACAAGGGUGGGCACUGUCGACAGAACGGCAAGAGCCAAAAUUCUUUGUAUCGGUGCUGACAGAUAUUGAUGCAAAACGACACUACUGUGCAGUUCUUUGUUUUAAUGAGGCAGUCUCUAUCACACCCAAACCAACUGAUGAAGAGGAUGACAGCGUGGAUUUGGGUAGUGGGGGAGUGCGUGGUGUGGGCCCCCCUGUGCCUCUCAUCACCCACCACUCCAUUAUGUAUGCCCCUAAGUGCCUGGUCCUUAUUUCUACGCUUGACUACUUUGAGACUUUUAGGAAUUGUAUGGGCAUUGUGUACACAGUGUAUAUGGAAGGGCUAGGUGUAAGCAUGGAGACGCUGAUAGGCAACAUGGUGGGUUAUGUUCAGGUACCUCCACCAGGGGGACCGCAGGUUCGGUUCAGCAUUGGUGCAGGAGAUAGACAAGCUCUCCAGCCUCCAGCUUCUCCAACUCUUCCUGUCACCGGUACUACUGUUCUUAGCCUCUUCAACCAAUUAGGAAUCAAGAAUGUUUUGGUGCUGUUUUGCGCUGCCCUCACCGAACACAAGAUUCUCUUCCACAGUCAAUCUUACAAUCGACUUACAGAGUCCUGUCAUGCCCUUAAAGCCCUUCUCUAUCCCUUCAAGUACUCCCAUGUCUACAUUCCAAUUCUGCCAGCAUCUUUGGUUGAAGUUUUGUCCACUCCAACACCCUUCAUCAUGGGAGUUCAUUCUCACCUCCAACAUGAUGUUGUUGAACUGAUGGAUGUAAUUGUUGCCGAUCUUGAUGGAGGAUCUAUCCGUGUCCCAGAAAGUCUGACGGUGUCUCUCUUGCCAGAGCCAUUCUGGAGCCAGACCCACGCUGCUCUCUCAAAGGUGCUUCAUCCUGAUCUCAGCACCGCAGACAAUGCCUUUCCCUCAAGUGCUGGUAUCAGGGCCUCUCCGCAUAUUGUGAUGGACAAAGAAAUCAGAGCUGUGUUCAUGCGCAUGUUUGCAGAGUUGUUACAGGGUUACCGAUCAUGUCUCACCAUUAUCAGGAUACAUUCAAAACCAGUCAUUACCUUCCACAAGGCAUCUUUCCUUGGUAACCGUGGAAUGGUGGACAACGAGUUUGUGGGCAAGGUCUUAGACUGCAUGUUCUUCACCACAUUUGUCACAGAGAGGCCCCCCUGGAGAGUCUGUGACCUAUGGGAUGACCUCUACUCUGGCAUUGGGGACCAACUACGUCUGGAGCAACAUGAUAGUCGAAUGCUUCUAGUCCAUAUUCAGGAACUUGGUCAGCAGCUGUACAGCAAUGAAAACCCAAACCCACAGCCAUUUGUUGCCAAGAUUCCUAAGCCCACUGAGGGUUCAUUUACACGUAUCCAUCAACCAGUCUUCCCACAUAUAGAUGUUCAGCAGGUCCAAAGUAUCAUUGAUGAAGGCACUGCCAAAAAAGUGAAAAUCCCACAAAAAGUGGGCCAGCCAAGAAUUGUUCCUAUGGGCCCCCAUAUUUCUAGUCUCCAGUCUGGCAGAGGAUUAGUUUCAAGUUCUGCAAGAAGAUUAGAGGUUAUGAGGAAUUGUGUGAACUGCAUAUUUGAGAACAAAAUAAGUGACGCUAGAAAGACAUUCCCUGCAGUAUUAAGAGCAUUAAAGAGUAAAGCAGCUCGCUUGGCUCUGUGCACAGAGUUAAGUCACCAUGUCCAGGGCAAUAAAGCUGUUUUAGAACACCAGCAGUUCGAUUUAGUGGUUAGGCUAAUGAAUUGUGCACUGCAGGAUGAUUCUCCAAAUGAGCAUGGUGUUGCAGCUGCUCUGCUUCCUUUAUCCACAGCCUUCUGUCGGAAAUUAUGUACAGGAGUCAUACAGUUUGCCUAUACUUGCAUACAGGAUCAUUCAGUUUGGGCACAUCAGCAGUUCUGGGAAGCAGCGUUUUAUCAAGAUGUUCAGAAGGAGAUCAAGAGCUUGUACCAAGAUCGAUCUCAGCAAGCCAGUCGGACUUCACUCUCAUCUGAUUCGUCUUGUAUUAAGGAUCCGUCGUUAAGUCCUGUGAACCCAAGAGAUCCCUCAGAUUCUGGUUCUUGGAAGGAGUCCAGAUUGUCCUUUCUCAGACCACAUGAGUCCUCAGCUUUAGAAAUUGCAGCAGAGCAGAUGAGGCUCUGGCCUAAUAUUGAAACAAGAAAACAACGGGAAAUAGUGGAACAAGAGGAGUCCACUCUAUACUCUCAGGCAAUCCAUUAUGCAAAUAGGAUGGUGUUCCUUAGAGUUCCCAUAGAUGUUAAUGCAGCCACACAUAGACGUACCUUCAACGAACGUGACACUGCCAGUAACAGUAUUACAAAUAGCAUGGCAGAGAGUGAUAGUUUAGAUGCUGAGUCCGGCUUUGAAGACCAAGAACAGAGUGACCGUGAAGCCAGCGUAGUGCGCUUUGUGGCAAGAUUUGUUGACAAAGUAUGCACGGAAGGUGGUGUGACAGAGGAACACAUCAAGUCGCUACACCAAAUGAUACCAGGAGUUGUAGCUAUGCAUGUGGAGAUGCUGGAUGCUGUGUACAAAGAAUCUAAGCGUUUACCACCAAUACAGAAGCCCAAGAUAUUAUUGCCAUCGUUAGUGCCGGGUGAAGAAGUAGUGUAUGAAGGCUUGAGGGUUUACCUGCUUCCGGAUGGGAGAGAAGAUGCUACAGGUGGUAGUAUUGGAGGCCCAAUACUGUUGCCUGCUGAAGGAGCACUGUUCCUCACUAACUACAGACUCAUAUUCAAGGGUCUGCCUACAGACCCAUAUGCUUGCGAACAAGUUGUUGUUAGAUCUAUGCCAGUCUCCUCCAUCACACGAGAGAAGAGAGUCCCUGCAAACCAGCACCCAGGACCCAUGGAUCAGUGGUUGAGUGAAGGCCUUCAGAUACGCUCAAAUACCUUCCAGUUAAUCAAAGUGGCUUUUGAUGAAGAGGUCUCACCUGAAAGCAUAGAAACAAUGCGCAAGAUGAUAAACCGGCUACGACAUCCACCAUACAUAAUGAAUCUCUUUGCCUUUGUGGGCCACAGUCAUGUUCCACAAACACCAAGUAGACAACAGAAAGAUAAGCCAGGAUAUGGAACAUUAAGAGGUUUUGCCAAGAAGACAUUAAUGAAGACGGCAAAGGUAGCUGGACUGAAAUCUGGUAAAGGUAACAAACGGAACAAGUAUCACUUCCCAAGCAACAAUAAAUCAAUGACUUCUCCAGGGAGAAUGAGUUUAGCCCAAAUGGCCAACAUGGACCUCAGCAAUGAGAACCUGGCCAUAGAUGAUGAUCUGUCCGUUGUUGAUGAGCAUGAAGCCUCUGGACUCAGCAAUGGUUCUACAGGGCAGUUGUCUGUGGGUGGGUUGGUGGGAGUGCGAGAGGUAGACAGUAAGACUCUGGAGAAGCUAUCUGAACGGAGCUACCACAAAGACUACAUGCGCUUGGGGCUUGGCAGUCUAGCAAGUAACUCCACCACUGUACCUCCAAGGACAAAGUCAGACUUCAGAAUCACUACUUGUAAUGUCAAUUAUCAACUAUGUAGAAGUUAUCCAGCCCUGUUGUCUGUGCCCCCCAACACGGGUGAUGACAGCAUUCACCGUCUAGCACGAUGUUAUCGCCAAAAUCGCUUGCCAGUUAUUACUUGGAGACACCCACGCAACAAGGCUUUACUUCUGCGGGGUGCUAGCUUCCAUGGCAAAGGUGUAAUGAGCAUGCUAAAAGGACCUCCAACAACAACAGGCACAACAAGUGAGGUAUCAUAUUCAGUAGAGCAAGAGAAGUACCUUGCAGCAGUUGUACAAGCAACGCCUCUGUCCGUCCUGAGAGAAGGGUCCACUUGGCGACUCACAGGCUCUUCACCCUCAAUCAACUCCUUGGUGCUGGCUGCGGGGGGUGCAACCUUGGAAGUCCCCCCCUACCAUCCCACUUACCCCACACUCACACCAGAAGUGGGACGCAAGUCAAAUCCCUUAUCGAAGGCUAUGAACACAUUACGGACAAGCGGGGGCAAGGGUACUGGCAGGAUGGGUCGGUGGGGCUCCCUGCGUGGAGCACGACCAGGUGUGCCGUCCAGUGGGGGUGUAGGAGGGACCUUAGGGACCCUCCGCCACCACCCCACAUCCACCCCUGCCCUUCGUUCCAGCAUCAACACGGGGCCAAGGCUCUCUGUGGACUCAACGGACAUGGGAACAGAAGCCGUGCAAUCCUUCCACAAAGCUGCUCUCUAUGUGUUUGGAGAAAAGACACAAAUUAAG